CUAAAUAUAUAUAUGGAAAAAUAGUAGGUAGUCUAUAGGUAUUUUCAGUAUUUAAAAAACAAAACAAAGAAACCAGAUAGGUAAGGCCCCCCAAAAUGUUACAUUUUUAUUUUCUUUUUUUAAAAAAAAAGAUUUUAUUUAUUCAUUUGAGACAGAGAGAGAGAAUGAGCAGGGAGAGAGGCAGAGGGAGAGGGAGAAGCAGACUCCCUGCUGAGCCAGGAGCAGGGCUCGAUCCCAGGACCUGGAGAUCAUGACCUGAGCCGAAGGCAGAUGCUUAACCAUCUGAGCCACCCAAGCGCCCCUAUGUUUUGACUUUCGGUUAAAAGUGGGACAAGUGAGCAUAGUAAGCCUGGUUAGUUCAUACUUAUAAUAAAAAUUUCUCUGUAAAGAAUUUUUCCUAUGUGCCAAGCACUGUGCUAAGCACCUUGCAUACACCAAGUCACAUAAUCCUUGUAACAGCGGGAUGGUGCAGUUUAUUACCUCCAUUUUUUAGGUAGGGAAAUUGAGGCUAGGAGAGUUGAACAACUUGCUCAUGGUUGCACAGCUUCUAAGUGGCAGAGCCAGGAUUUUAACCAAGUCUGACUGCAAACUGCCUCCUUGCAUCAUGUGGAUCAGAAAUUCUGUGUAGAGGUUAAUUUGUUCACUUGCUGUUUGGUUCAACUGAUAAUUACGAGGAGUUAGCCAAUGUGAGGGCCAGAGGAUUUACCACUAACCACCAAACUACUCCAAAUCUAAGAAAAAACUAUGCUUGUUGCUAAAAUGUAAUGUUCAAAAAGGAAAUCAUGACUCUCUGACAAAAUAUGAACAUAUAUCAAAACACUGACCUCCACAAGGGAACCCAUAAGAUGUCAAAAACAGUUCACACGGGAGCUCAAUACACAGAGAUUUAUACUCCCUUCUGAUGAAAUUCAUUUGGCUCCCUAUAAACGAAUCACUGAUGUUGGUAGACGAGGCACCCACCAGUACCAGUGGCCAACUCAACCUUUGUAGGGAGAAUUCCACUGUUGCCAUAUGCUCUCCCUGCUGCCAUCACCUCUUUGUUCGCAGGCCCACAGAACAAGCACCAUGCUGGCUGGGUAAAGAAGCUCUCUGACUCCGCAAAGCACAGAAGUUUGUCUAUCUGAUUAUUAAGAGUCUGCUCCUAAUAUUCACAUGGGACCUGAAUAUCUUCAGUCUGUACCCAAUCAGAGGGAUCCAGCCACAUACCUCCUUCUAAGAUUUCCUUGUCACCAAUCUUCCAAUCCUAGUCUUUUCAAGGCCCUGACCAUCCAGCCAAACCAUCAGCAACUGCCCAAGAAUCAAUGUAAAUAUGUACUCUGGACAUCUCUUCCUCCAGACAUAGUGGGCAGUCAAAUACCUGGCUUGAAUCCCUGCCCACUGGGAGGAUUUUCCUUUACCAAUGUCUUCACAGUCACCCCUGAGUGGGGCUGUAAUGCUCCAGCUCUCCACUUGCGGACCCAUCUGUAAUCCAGGCUUGAGUUUUUCUCCCUCAGUCAACUGAUCAUAAGCAAUCCCUUGGAGGCCAUAGGCAUGGAAUGAGGGAGGAGGCAAAGCAGCAAGAAUUGGUGUUGCAGGACUCUGAACCACCUACUCAUGCAAUUUACUUGUACCUAAUGGAUCCGCCUGAGUUCAGUUAUAUAUAAUCUAUCUAUCUAUCUAUCUAUCUAUCUAUCUAUCUAUCUAUCUAUCUCCACUUGAUGACACAUUGCUGCUGUGCAUGCCCAACCUUAUGUCUAGGUAGGUCAGACAAAAUCCAUAUGAUGAGAGCUCAAGCUACAUGGUCACCUGAUAUCGCAUGGUUAGCCAUUCAGGCUCUACCAAGGUUCAGUAGCAAGGCAGAACCUGCUUCUUGAAAGGAGAAUAGCUAUCUGAGGAAGAGGACACAGAUUUUCUUUGAAAACCUAGAGGUCUGUGCUAUAGUUCUCCUAUUGGUAUUUACUGGAAUGUCCAUACAGGAUCCCUAUUUGACCCAUCACAUAUCAUUUGAUCUGUUGGAGCAUAAGACCUAGGUGGUACAGCGGCUCGUACUAUAGCCUGAAUGUGCUACAGAACCUUCUCUUCUUCCUCCCAACCCACCAGCCUGUAGACGGGUCGAAUUCACACAUUCAUAUGUGGUGUGUGUUGCCUCCAAAAUCCAAGAGGACCUCCCAAAUGUCUUGCCUCUUUUUUCUUGUAGGUGAUACAAAGGGCACCAACUCCUCUUUCACCCUCAAGUGUGAUAUUUCAACAUAAUCCAGACCACUGCAGCCCCAGAAUUUUCACUAAUACCAAUUCUGUGUCAGUCUAGGUCCAAUCAGGAGAAAGAAGCCAUAGAGUAUCAUGAACAGAGAAAGGAAAGGUUAAUAUAAGAAAUAUUAACUAUAACAGAGGCUUGGAGUAAUGAGGAAUCGGCCAGUAAAAAGUAAAGAGAAUUCUAAGCAAUAUAGGAAUGGUAGCCACGGGCAGCAGUGGAGUGAGUACUCAGCUCCACUAUCCUGGAGCUGAGUACUCCCCUAUUCCUACUACGGUGAUAAUUAAACUCUACUGUGGGGGCUGUUUCUUUGUUUCAGCGCUAGACUGUAGGGUUCUUGAGAGCAGGGGCCACAUGCCUUGUUCUCCAUUACAUUCCGGUGCUAACAGGCUCUGAAUAAAUAAGAGCGAAUGACUGAAUACGGCCAGUAUUCGCACUCCGGCAGCCCGCAAGAGAAGGAGCCUACUUCCUGCCGCAUAUGCCAGAUCCGGCCCACACCUGGCUGCUUCUGUCCAGCGGAGAGGUGCUAAUCAUGCUCGCAAGGGAGUCGUCAGUGGAGGGCUGUGGGUAGCCUUUGUCAACCUCUUCCUAGGAGGAGACAAGAGUCUAGCUCAACUUCCCGGACUCUCCCCUCUGGGUUCUUAGUCCCCAGGCCCAGAGCUGAACAAUAAUCCCCCCAAAAGUCUCAUUCUGUUUCUGAUCGCUGUGUGAACGCGUGCACACCACCGGGCCUGGCCUUUGGGGCCGGAACAGGUGCAAGUGGGAUUCCCACGAAAGGCUCCUCUCCGGACCUAGGAAAACAACUGACCCGCGCGCGGAACCGGGGCGGGGCGCGGCGGCCCCUCCCUGGGCGGAGGCGCAGCCCGGCCUAGAAAACCGGGUCGGGUCGGCUCGGGCCGUGCGGGGAGAGGUCAGGCCAUGGCGGACGCGCUGAGGGAGCGCACGGCGCGGCUGCUAACCGACUACCUAGAGUACUGCGCCCGGGAGCCCGGCACCCCCGCGCGGGCGCCGUCUACGCCCGAGGCCGCGGUGCUGCGCUCGGUGGCCGCCCAGGUACGGCAGCGUCACGAGCGCUUCUUGUCCCAUUACCGCGGCUACCAAGGCAACCGCGUCGAGCUGGUGGCUCAGGUGGAGCGGGAGAUACUCGCCCACCCCCAACUCCUAAGCUGGGGCCGUGUGGUGGCGCUCUUGACCUUUGCGGGAACACUGCUGGAGGGAUCGCCGUCGGGGACCGACCAGGAACAGGAGCCGGGGGACUGGGAGGCCACCGUUCGCCAGGACUGCGGGCGCCUGGUGGAUUUCCUCUGCAAUCGGCUCACAGGACAGCAUCGCGCCUGGCUGGAGGCGCACGACGGCUGGGUGAGCGCGGGGGGACGCGGGGGACGGGCAGCCGGGGGCGCGCCCACGCGGCCACCACCGGGAGGGCCCUCGCGGUUUCAACCCGGUGAGGCGUUCCUUUCAGCAAGACGAGGACUUUCAGUGUUAAGUCUGGCUCCCUCCUCUCGCGGUGGGGUCAGACUGGCAGAAACCGCCCUUGCUAGACGGCUCUCUUACCAACCCAUUCUGAAGCCCAUGCGCACGACCUGGGUGGCCCACUGUGGCCUGAGCCUUGCCGGUUUCAGGGGUUUUAGGAUGCGCCUACGUUAGGUCGGCAUGCUUCGCUCAUAGACUGGUGAAGUCAGCAGUGGGGCGGCCCUGGGCCAGGUGGAUUCUUCUCCUCUGCUUAUUAAGCAACCUUUGGAGAGACAGAGCCCACUGCGCUGCAGGGUGGAGGGCACCAGCCUAAAACGUUGAGAGUGAAAAGGCAUCCCCUUGCCCAGCCCCCAACACCCCUCGGGAAGAGCCGGGGCCAGAGGUGUUGGAGAGCGUGCGCAGGCACCCAGCGGUGGUAUUGACUCACAGUUCCUUACUUCUAAUCCUCUGCACCCAGCCCUUCAUUGGGUGAUAACCAGCUGCUCUGGCUUUCAGCUGUCGGUCAUUGAUUUCUGUGGUCUAGGCUAGAG